AUGGCUACUCCCGUGAUACCCGAGCAGAUCUCUAAUUGUAUAAGUGCUGUCUCUGGCAGUACGGCAGGUGGUCUGUCAAUGUUGGCUACCUAUCCCUUGGAUCAAGUCAAAACUAUUUUACAGGUUGAUGCGAAUUCACUACUGCCACUACCUCGUCCGCUGCGGCCCUUGGGGUCUACGAUGGGCGGGUUGAUCUACUUAGCGUCUUCUAAUCCGAAACGUCUCUUUGUUGGUGCCUCUGCAUCAACAGAAACAGUGAUGCUUUCUAACUUCAUUUACUACUACCUCCUCAAGGGAACUGAAGCGAAGAUAGCCACUCUAAUGGAGGGUCGCGGGUAUAGUAAUAACUCUAUCACUUCAGCUCUGGUUGCCAGUACCGUAGCAGGAUCACUCAAUGUUAUACUUACAGAGCCUCUUUGGAGGGCUAGUACUGUUGUGAAGUUAAGAAGUGAGGGGAAGAGUCAAAGUGUUCUAGUAGAAACAAUGCACAUUAUCAGAAAAGAAGGUCUUUCUCGCAGUGUUCGAGGCUUAGGCGCCAGUCUUCUCCUCGUGUCCAACCCGGUCGUACAGUACGUGGCACAGGUGUUGCUUAGGACAACUCUCGUAAAGGGCCGAAGAAAAGACAUACUCACAGCCAAGGAGGCGUUUUUUAUCGGCGCGCUUGCCAAAGCUGUAGCAACGGUGGUGACGUACCCUCUCCAAGUGAUCCAAAGUCGACUGAGGGCGUCGCAGGGAAAUAGUGAAAAACACGAUGGUCUGAUCACGUGUACGCAAGAUGUGAUUCGCGAAAAUGGAAUUACAGGAUCGUAUUCUGGCGUGGGAGCGAAGCUCACCCAGACUGUCACUAACGCGGCUCUUAUGUAUUUGUUCAUGGAUAGUAUAGACGCUCAAAUGCGACGGAAUAUUGGUAUGUGGUAUAUGUCCUGGCUGAGGAUGAUGCAAAAUAGGAGGGGAAAAAGAUGAUGAUGAUGAUGAUGAUGAUGAUGAUGAACA